AUGGCAGGAAGCAACGCAACAGUCGCCCAGCGUCUCCAGAAGGAGCUCAUGGACAUCAUGAUGAAACCAACGCCGGGCAUCACCGCAUUCCCGUCAGACGCUGAUAUCACACUUUGGACUGCAACCAUCGAUGGCCCCGCCGACACACCCUACGCCGGCCUCGUCUUCAAGCUGUCUAUGGAGUUCGCAAACAACUACCCCUACAGCCCGCCUACCGUUCUCUUCAAGACACCGAUCUACCAUCCCAACGUUGACUUCUCGGGGAGGAUCUGCUUGGACAUCUUGAAGGACAAGUGGAGUGCGAUCUACAACAUUGGCACCGUCUUGCUGAGUCUGCAGAGCCUUUUGGGAGAGCCAAACAACUCGAGUCCGCUAAACGGCCAGGCCGCUGAGCUCUGGGAGAAGGACCCUGCCGAGUACAAGCGCCUCGUUCUCGCCCGUCACCAGACACCCGAGGAGCUGGACGCUUGA